UCUUUGAGUUCCUGCCCUUUGAUUCUGCUAUCAUGCGGAACAGUCUGUGGAACGCCAUUGUGAUGGCUGUAGCUCUUGUUCAGCUAAGCUAUUCCAUGGAUUCGGAGCCCCAGCUCUCCAUUGGAGACAAGAUAACCAAGCUUCCUGGCCAACCGAACGUCACAUUUGAACAGUUUUCAGGGUACAUUACAGUGGAUGAGAGGAAGCAGAGGUUUCUUUAUUACUACUUCGCCGAAGCAGAAUUGGAUCCAUUGUCGAAGCCUUUGGUUCUUUGGUUAAAUGGAGGUCCUGGCUGUUCUUCAGUCGGUGUUGGUGCCUUCUCCGAAAACGGACCUUUCAGACCGAGCGGUCGAGUUUUGGUGAGAAAUGAGUAUAGCUGGAACAAAGAGGCGAACAUGUUGUAUUUGGAAACCCCAGCAGGAGUUGGGUUUUCUUACUCAAUGGAUAGCUCAUUCUAUGAAAACGUGGAUGAUAAGCUGACAGCUAGGGACAAUCUCGUGUUCCUGCUUCGGUGGUUCUCCAAGUUCCCCCAGUAUAAAGAUAGAGAACUCUACAUUGCAGGAGAAAGCUAUGCAGGGCAUUAUAUCCCACAGCUGGCCAAUCUCAUCGUUCAGUACAACAAGAAAGAAAGGACAUUUAAUCUAAAAGGAAUAGCUCUGGGAAAUCCUGUGCUCGAAUUUGCCACCGAUUUCAAUUCAAGAGCAGAAUACUUCUGGUCGCAUGGCUUGAUAUCUGAUUCCACAUAUAAUAUCUUCACCACUACCUGCAACUAUUCAAGAUAUGUGAGUGAGUAUUACAGGGGGUCUCUUAGUUCAGUCUGCUCUAAAGUUAUGAGCCAAGUGACCAGAGAAACCAGCAGAUUUGUUGAUAAGUAUGAUGUUACACUUGAUGUCUGCAUCUCAUCAGUUCUUUCUCAAUCUAAAAUUCUCAAUCCUCAACAAGUUAAGGAAGCUGUAGAUGUCUGUGUAGAGGAUGAGACUCUAAAUUUUUUGAAUAGGAAAGAUGUGCAGGAAGCAUUGCAUGCUCGGCUUAACGGUGUGACGAGGUGGACAGUUUGUAGCAGUGUGCUGGAAUAUGAUCUACUCAACUUGGAAAUACCAACCAUAAACCUUGUUGGUUCGCUGGUCAAGUCUGGAAUACCAGUGCUUGUGUACAGUGGUGAUCAAGACUCUGUCAUUCCCUUGACUGGGAGCAGAACGCUUCUGCAUAAAUUGGCACAUGAACUUGGAUUGAAUACAACAGUGCCUUACCGAGUUUGGUUCGAGGGGCAACAGGUAGGAGGCUGGACUCAAGUGUAUGGCAACAUCCUCACUUUUGCAACCAUAAGAGGAGCUGCACAUGAGGCUCCAUUUUCACAGCCAGAGAGGUCUCUUCGUCUCUUUAGAGCUUUUCUGCAAGGUAGACCACUCCCAGAAACAUUCUAACUUCCUCUCCCUGAAAGCAGACCUUCCUUUCUCAAGUUCAAGAGAGUGUGGAUGUGUUAAUGUUUUGUGCAUGUUAAGUGAAGUUUAACUAGCAUUCGUUUUCUUGUGCUGAUGAAGCUUUUGUGUGUAAUCUGUAAGUUGAAGAAAUUCUGUGAAAGUAUUAUUAGCGCACAAAUGUGUGUUUCAGAUUAGUUUCCAGCUUUUGAUUCA